CUAAAUGAAUCUAUUUGGUCAAAGAUUCAAAAGAAUCGAGUCACUGAAUCGAAAUCCCCACCACUUAGUUCUGACUGAGUAAGCAGCUAGCUCACUGCUUUUGAAGCACAGCCACUUGCAACGGUAGACCUACAGGUGGGUGGGGCUGAACUCAACUAUUAUGACGUCAUGGCAACUGGCUCCCACUACACACAGCCCAUUAAACAUGUAUUUCUCAUCUAGGCUAUACCGCUUGCUUUAAACCCUACCGAGAAGCUGUCAGUCUGAAGAGGGCGGUUUCGUUAUGCGCGAGGAUUGUCGGUUUGAGUGAGUGACGGUAAAUGAAGUCCUUCCAAGAAGCGCGGUACAAGCGAUGCCACCGGUUUGUCUUCGAGUAGAACGUAUUUGGGGGUUUGUAGUCGAUUUUAUUUGAUCGGUGAGCAAUCAAUCAGUAGUAGCGGAGGUGAAGACGCCGGGGUGCUUUCUGCUCAUCUCGCUCCAUCCAUCCGUCCACCCACUCAUCCCUUCUGUCAUACAGGCUCUUCCCAGCUUUGUCUGUGUUGUGUGCUCAGGCGGACCGCCCCUCCACCCACCUCAAGAUGCACAUGAAUAGUUUAUUAAACCAGUGCACAGAGAUCUCCAGGAUGUGUGAGGUGGACGUUUCGUCUGAGCCCACCAGCCCGACGCUGUAUCGAGAGUCUUCUGAUACAUACUGCCAUGUGGACCGCUGGCAGAAGCUACGCACAGCCGUCCGCAAGCUAGAAUUCUGGGAGAACUUCACACAUGAGCUGAUUGGCAGUGGCUUCUUCUCAAAGGUUUACAAGGUAAUACACAAUACCACACGGAAGGUGAUGGUAGUAAAGAUCUAUAAGAAUGAUGUUGAUCAAGACAGCAUUGUACGAGAAAUCAGCCUUCUGCAAAAACUCUCACACCCCAACAUAGUGAGGUAUCUGGGUAUUUGUGUCAAAGAGGACAAGUUGUACCCAAUUCUGGAGUAUGUUAGUGGAGGAUGUUUAGAGGAGCUGUUGGCCAGGAAAGAUGUGCCUCUAUGCUGGAGAGAGAAAGUAGAGCUGGCCUCUGACAUCACCAGAGGGAUGAUUUACCUCCACUACAAGAACAUCUACCACAGAGAUCUGAACUCUAAGAAUUGUCUAAUAAGGGUGACAGCGAGAGGCAGAGAAGCUCUGGUUACUGAUUUUGGUUUGGCUCGAGAGGUGGUUGAACUUCCUGCAAAGGACAGAAAGCUUUCACUUGUAGGCUCUGCUUUCUGGAUGGCCCCUGAGAUGCUGCGCGGGGAGCCCUACGACCGCAAGGUGGAUGUGUUCUCUUUUGGAAUUGUUUUGUGUGAAAUUCUGGCUAGGAUCCCAGCAGACCCAGAAAUCCUUCCAAGAACACAGGACUACGGCCUGGACGUUUCAGCAUUUGGGAAAAUGGUCAGUGAGUGUCCUCAGCGUCUUUUAGAGUUGGCAGCCAGCUGCUGUCUGAUAGAGGCUUUCCGAAGACCCUCUUUCUCAGAGCUUCAAGACGAGUUGGGUGAAAUCGCUGAGACUUUGGAGGCCCCUCAUAAUGAUCUCACCACAGGCUGAUCUGCGGCACAUCCUCUGGUAUCCCAUCAGCCCUGCGAAUGGACACAAGCAGCUGGAGUUCUGUACAUAGACUUAAGCACACUGACAAAUGCAGCAGAACUGCAGAUUUCUCUCUGGGCUGUUUGCAUUGAAAGAGCAAAUCAAGGAAAAGGUCGCUAUUUAUUAUGAAGUAACUAGAUGGCCUACAGUUCAACUCCGCACAGCUGUACAUAAUAUAUACUGUGCAAUAUAUAGUAAUAGUAUGCCAAGAUAAAUAUUGUAUCAGGUUCCAGCUAAAGUGUUUAGCUGUUGUCAUUAUUUCAAAGCUACAGAUUUUCAAACCUAUUGUUAUUCUUGUUUUGUAUAUGAAUCAUUUUAUAUUGGAAAAACAACCCUAAAAUAGGUUUUGAGGCUUCAGAUAACCAUUGAGAAAAGGACUAACUUGGGGGUCACAAGUUUUAAAUAACCAAAUAAUAUUUUCAUAGGCUUCAGUAUAUCGAUAACUUGAUUACAUUUGUACAAGAGAAAUUAAUUUAUUUUGGUACCAACUGCCCAAAUAGGAAAAAAGUGCAUUUGUAUUGCUGACUUUUUUGAAAAGCCACAUAUUUGAAAAAUGAGUGUACUUUUCGUUAUUUGAAAAGCAAUUUAUACAGGAGCAAGCACUCAACUCAUCACUUGUGGUUUUGCCUCCACUGAGCUGAGCUGCUGAUCUUUGGAAAUUCUCCAUAAGACCACCGCAGGAUGAGGCCCGUUUCCUGCCUGCAAUGGCCUCGAUGUUGCUUCUGCAGUGUUCCCAUUGUGGAUUGUGCCGAGUGUUUGUGAAAACAGUUCUUCUUUUCAGCAUUCAAACGCUUAAAUGUUUCAUGUUUUAACACUUUUUGUCCAUUUUAGUUUACUUGUUUGCCAUGUGUUGUGAAUUUCAGUACUCACUAUGUAUCAGAAGCGCCAGAUGGCACCAGUCCGACUCCAAUAAACAGUGACAC